GCGUGCGCUCCAGGCACCCCCCCACCCCACCCCACCCCCUCGCCCCGGGGUUGAGCGGGGGGCGCGGCCAUGGAGGUGGUGGGCGACUUCGAGUACAGCAAGAGGGACCUCGUGGGACAUGGGGCCUUUGCUGUGGUCUUCCGGGGGCGGCACCGGCAGAAAACUGAUUGGGAGGUAGCUAUUAAAAGUAUUAAUAAAAAGAACUUGUCAAAAUCACAAAUACUACUUGGAAAGGAAAUUAAAAUCUUGAAGGAACUUCAGCAUGAAAAUAUUGUAGCACUCUAUGAUGUUCAGGAAUUACCCAAUUCUGUCUUUCUGGUGAUGGAGUAUUGCAAUGGUGGAGACCUGGCAGAUUAUUUGCAAGCUAAAGGGACUCUCAGUGAAGAUACCAUCAGAGUGUUUCUUCAUCAGAUUGCUGCGGCCAUGCGGAUCCUGCACAGCAAAGGAAUAAUCCACAGGGACCUCAAACCACAGAACAUUUUGUUGUCUUACACUAGUCGCAGGAAGUCAAGUGUCAGUGGUAUUCGCAUCAAAAUAGCGGAUUUUGGUUUUGCUCGUUACCUACAUAGUAACAUGAUGGCAGCAACACUGUGUGGAUCCCCAAUGUACAUGGCUCCUGAGGUUAUUAUGUCUCAACAUUAUGAUGCGAAGGCAGAUUUGUGGAGUAUAGGAACAGUGAUAUAUCAAUGCCUAGUUGGAAAACCACCAUUUCAGGCCAGUAGCCCGCAAGACCUAAGGAUGUUUUAUGAAAAAAACAGGAGCUUAAUGCCUAGUAUUCCCAGAGAAACAUCACCUUAUUUGGCUAAUCUCCUUUUGGGUUUGCUUCAGAGAAACCAAAAAGAUAGAAUGGACUUUGAAACAUUUUUUAGCCACCCCUUUCUUGAACAAGUUCCAGUUAAAAAAUCUUGCCCAGUCCCAGUGCCUGUGUAUUCUGGUUCUGUCCCUGGAAGCUCCUGUGGUAGCUCUCCAUCUUGUCGCUUUUCCUCUCCACCAUCCCUUCCAGAUAUGCAGCAUAUUCAGGAAGAACACUUGUCCUCCCCACCAUUGGGCCCUCCUAACUAUCUACAAGUGUCCAAAGAUUCUGCCAGUACUAGUAGCAAGAACUCUUCUUGUGACACGGAUGACUUUGUUUUGGUUCCACACAACAUCUCGUCAGACCACUCAUAUGAUAUGCCAAUGGGAACUACUGGCAGACGGGCUUCUAAUGAGUUCUUGGUGUGUGGAGGGCACUGUCAACCUACUGUGUCACCUCACAGCGAAACAGCACCAAUUCCAGUCCCUACUCAAGUAAGGAAUUAUCAACGCAUAGAGCAGAAUCUCCCACCCGGCGCCAGCUCUGGCACAAAUCCACACAACUCCCCAAGAUCUGCAGUAGUACGAAGGUCUAACACCAGCCCCAUGGGCUUCCUCCGACUGGGAGCCUGCUCCCCUGUGCCUGCAGACACGGUGCAGACAAUAGGACGACGGCUCUCUACUGGCUCUUCAAGGCCUUACUCACCAUCCCCUUUGGUUGCUACCAUUCCUGAGCAGGUUAGUCAGUGCUGCUGUGGGUAUCCUCAGGGCCAUGAAUCCAGGAGUAGACACUCCUCAGGAUCUCCAGUGCCACAGGCUCCAUCACCACAGUCUUUCUUGUUGGGUGCUAGACUGCAGAGCGCCCCCACCCUCACCGAUAUCUAUCAGAAUAAGCAGAAGCUCAGAAAGCAGCACUCUGACCCCGUGUGCCCAUCCCACACUGGGUCUGGGUACAGCUACUCACCUCAGCCUAGUCGGCCUGGCAGCCUUGGAACCUCUCCCACCAAGCACAUGGGGUCCUCUCCACGGAAUUCUGACUGGUUCUUUAAAACUCCUUUACCAACAAUCAUUGGCUCUCCUACAAAGACCACAGCUCCUUUCAAAAUCCCUAAAACACAAGCGUCUUCCAACCUGUUAGCCUUGGCUACUCGUCAUGGGCCUGCUGAAGGGCAAUCCAAAGAUGGGAAUGACCCUCGUGAAUGUUCCCAUUGCCUGUUAGUUCAAGGAAGUGAAAAACAUCGACCUGAGCAGCAGAACAAGGCAUUGUUUGGCAGAUCUGUCAGUACUGGAAAGUUAUCAGAUCAACAAGUAAAGGCAACUUUAGGUGGACACCAGAGCAGCAUGGAUAGUUUAAAUACAGAACGACCAAUGGAUAUAGCUCCUGCAGGAGCCUGUGGUGUUGUACUAGCACUGCCACCAGCAGCAGGAGCAGCAGCAAGUCCCAGGGCUGUCCUGUUCACCGUGGGAUCUCCUCCACACAGUGCCACAGCCCCCACCUGUACCCAGAUGGUCCUCCGAACAAGAACCACCUCAGUGGGCUCCAGCAGCUCGGGAGGCUCCUUGUGUUCUGCCAGUGGCCGUGUGUGUGUGGGCUCCCCACCUGGGCUAGGUUUGGGCUCCUCCCCGCCAGGAGCAGAGGCAGCUCCCAGCCUGAGAUAUGUGCCUUAUGGGGCUUCACCACCUAGCCUGGAAGGGCUCAUCACUUUUGAAGCCCCUGAACUACCAGAGGAGACACUGAUGGAGCGAGAACACACAGAUACGUUACGCCAUUUGAACACGAUGCUGAUGUUCACCGAGUGUGUGCUGGACCUGACAGCUGUGCGGGGUGGGAACCCUGAGCUGUGUACAUCUGCUGUGUCCUUGUACCAGAUUCAGGAGAGUGUAGUUGUGGACCAGAUCAGCCAGCUAAGCAAAGACUGGGGGCGGGUGGAGCAGCUGGUGUUGUACAUGAAAGCAGCACAGCUGCUGGCAGCUUCCCUGCAUCUCGCCAAAGCUCAGAUCAAGUCCGGGAAACUGAGCCCCUCCACGGCUGUGAAACAAGUUGUCAAAAAUCUGAAUGAACGAUAUAAAUUCUGUAUCACCAUGUGCAAGAAACUUACAGAAAAGCUGAAUCGCUUCUUCUCUGAUAAACAGAGAUUUAUUGAUGAGAUCAACAGUGUAACAGCAGAGAAACUCAUCUAUAAUUGUGCUGUGGAAAUGGUUCAGUCUGCAGCCCUGGAUGAGAUGUUUCAGCAGACUGAAGAUAUUGCUUAUCGCUAUCAUAAGGCAGCCCUCCUUUUGGAAGGCCUAACUAAGAUUCUGCAAGACCCUACAGAUAUUGAAAAUGUACAUAAAUAUAAAUCUAGUAUUGAAAGAAGACUGUCAGCACUAUGCUAUAGCACCGCCACUGUAUGAGCAGCAGCUUGUCUGUGGAGCAUGAGGGAUGCAUUUGGGAUUACAGCCUGACUCUUCACUGUCCCCAGGAAGCUCUAGUUUCUGAAGUGGUGACUACCAAAGAGCAGCAGCAAUUUAAAGAGGAGGAAAAACAAUCCAAAAACUACAUGUGUGCAGAAAAUCUGCCUUGUUGAAGGCCACUCCCCUUUCCCUUUUUCUUUGCAGAAGCAAGAUUAUUCCACUUGGCAAAUAAAUGUACCUUAGAAUUAUAAGUACAGUUAUUCUUGUAGAUAAUUAAACCUAAAACAAAAAUGAGUGACACUUCACUAAGUUCUCUGAGCAGUGUAUGAAACUCUGUGUGUUUGCUAACGUUUGUACAAGCAAGAAAGUGUAUAGUUCACCCAGACAAUUUGCGAUUUGGGGUGAGUUUGUCAGCACCCAUCUGAGCUUGUGUCUCUAAACAGCUCAGGAAGAGUAGUUUUAAGAAGCAAAAGGUGGCUUUUGGAAGAAUUUUGAAGUCUUCAAUUUGAUCUAAUAUGGACACAUGUUUAUCUUCCAAAAUCUUUCAUAUUGCACUAAUUUAUUAAAAUAACCAUGUAUUGGAUUUUGCAAUUUAAAACUGAGGCACAAUGGACUUGUUUAAAAUAUUUUACUAGAUUCUAUACAUAUACCCUUUCCAGAAUUCUUAUGUAACAUUGAACUUUUUAAAUGAUCAAAACUUGCAUCCAUGUGAACAUGUUUGCAUUUUCUUUUUUUUUUACCUGUUUAUCUACAUCUAUACUGACAGAUCUCAGUAAUACUUUAAGUUGCUGGUUGUUUACCUUUUUUGUUGUGCAUGCAGAAAGUGCAUUGAUGCCUGUGACCCUAGGGUUAAUAAGGCUGGGUUUAUUUGGACAGUAUUAGAAAAAUAUCAUGAAUCAAGAGAUGCUCUUGAGAAUUGUAAUAGGGCCAAAACAAAGUGAUGAUUAAAAGAUUGCUAGGGAUGUGGAGUUUGUACAAGAAAUUAGUGAGAAAUAAGGUUUGUUUUCUCUUAGAAAAAUGGGCAGCUCUCUCCAUUCUAAUGUAUAUUUUCAAUGUUAAUCUUGACAUUUCACCAAAUAGCUAGUCAUGGCAAAUGCAAGCAGUUAACAUCCUUCCAAGAAUGGUUAGUACAUUGUAUAUUACUUUCUCUUACUUACCUGCUUGAAUACUUGAAUAAACCAUUCACCAGUUUUAAUACUUCUAUUUUCAUCAUUUCACAUAAAUAACCUACACUCUGACAGCUGCACACAGCUUUUUGGCAUCACACUGAUUUUAGUGUGCUGAUGAAAAACUAACAGAGACAACAUUUUUUUUUUUCCUUUACUUGGACAGAGUAAUGUAAUUUUUACCUUAUUUAUCUGUAUGAAAUUCCAGCAAUUAAUUUGAACAUUUAUUUAUAUGAUGUUUGUAUUUUUAGGUCUUUAAUACAGUGUUUCUACCUCUCAUUUGUAACUGCAUGCAUUAUUCUUGAAACUAGGUAAAACUCACUAACUUGUGUAAUAGCCUUUUUAUUAUUGCCUAUACAGAUGUAUAUUAAGGUAAAUAAAAUGGACAAGUGUUGCUAGGGUACAGUUGGGUGCAUAUUAAGUGGCUUGUUAAGCCAAAUCCUUCCCAGUUAGUAGGUCUGGAAACUUAGUCAUUAAUAUCCUUUGUCUUGCCUGGGAUUUCAGACUGUUGGUGACUGUCAUGAGGGCUCCCACAAAAUUAGUAUUCAGUGAUGACCCUACCUGUCUUUGUAAUUUUUUAGGGUUUAUAUUAAAAAUUCAUUCAUAGUCUCUCAGUUACCCUCUGAGUUAUCUGUGUUGGUCCUCCAAGUGGGUAGAUUAGUCUGACUCCUUCUCCCACUUGUUUUAAACACAGGAUGAAACAGGUUCAGAGAGGGUAUGGUUGGUUUGAAGUCAGGAGCUCGGCCAGUAGUGAUGCACACUUUGUACCUUCUGCGUUCUAACUUCUUGUAUAACGAGGUCUUAUGGUAGGUGGUACAUGUGAAACAGUGAUGAGGUCUCAGCAGAGAACAUAAAAACUGUAAGCUCAUGAGUAAUGGUUUUGAUUAUCAAGGCUAAUUGUUUUAAGAGAUUUUGCCUUGAUUAUAGCAAUAAAAAACUUUUAUGUUUCUGUAA